AUGACAGACGUGUGCAUCGUCUGCUUGGGCGACCUGCGCCUCCGUCCCGAGGAUGUCGAUGCCGAGACAGAUAUUGAACUCAUCAAGACCGAGACUGAGAUUCCUACGCCGCUUCCUGUGCUUCCCUCUGAACAAAGGUACUCAGAUCCUGUCCUCACCGAGCGUUAUAAUCCCCUGGAGCUUCUUCAUCGGUCCCGUCGAUUCCUUGAUCGCUUUGAUCGGCUUGAUAACACUUGCAUGUGCCGCCGCAUAAGCUUGGAUGGUGACGUCUCCCCCGCCUUCGAAGACCUCCUGGGGGAUUCAUCUUCGUCUCAACACAGAACCCGUGCUGACUGUCCGUACAGCAAGCAUCCCAUAGACGAUGAAAUUGUCGCCCACCUCCUUCCUUGCGGACACAACCUUCAUGAUUCAUGCUUGCGUCCUUGGGUCGAACGAGCCAACAGUUGUCCCAUAUGUCGCGCAAGCUUCAAUGUCGUCGAACUUCGCAACUUUCUCGAUGGCCCCGCCCAUUCUUCCUACAUUGUCGAGGAGAAACAACAACAAGCUGAACUCGACCCCACCUUGAUCAUCGACGAUGCCUUGUUCGACGAAGAGGCUCCCUGCCUCGUUUGUGGUAACAUCGACAGCACGCAUGCAACCAUGUAUUGCGAUGGAUGCGAUGGCUCCGUCCACAUCUUCUGCGCUGGCUUUAGCGAUGCCACCGCUCCAGAUGUCUGGUACUGCGAGUCUUGUCAUCGGGAGUUAGGUACCAAUGCUGCUGGCCGCAGAGCCAACACACGAGCUCGCAAUCCAAGACCCAGAAGAGCAGGAGGUAGACGUCCGGGUACAGAAGCUUGGGAUAGAGUUUGGGCAAGUGUCUGGCGCCGGCUGAACCUCGAUCUUGACUUUCCUCAUGAAGACGAAGACCUCACAACCAUCCAUCGUACUCCAGCUCAACGACGAGAGCUUGCAGCCUGGACUCGCAGACUUCAAGUCGCCAACCGUCAAGGUGCAGCAAAUCGCUUUAGGGAUACCGCUUCUACUCUACUGGAUCGAAGAAACCUUGCCGCUGCUCACUCGCCAGAAUCUCAAGAAGAACUCCGCGCCUGGAAUGCGCUUGACAAGGCUCGCGCACUCGACCCAGAGGCACAGGCGCCGCCCAGCAGAAAACGCAAAUCCGCUACUGCUUCUCCUGCCUCUCCCCGAGACAACACAACAGAGCGCGAACAGGCUGAGCCACAGCGCAAACUCAAACGACCGAGGACCAAGAGAAACAUGACGAUCCCGACACUUGCAGAACCAGGCCCAUCUACAAUCGAAGUCCCUGUGCGCCCGAUACAGAGACCUACCGAAGGACCAAGCUUCCUUACUCAACUCCUUCAAGAAGUAGAGAAACAGCCAGCACCUGAAGAAACGGGCUCACCAGAUGCUGAAGCCAAUUCCGGCGACGAACAGCCUGGACCAUCCAACCUAGCAUCUCCUGGAGCAUCUCCAAUUCACUCCGGCCAGGUCUCUCCCCGCGCAUUAUCUGUUACUCCUCCACCUCAAGUUGCACGUCCUAGGCCGACCUCACCCAUGCCUCUCACAUCGAUCGUUCGACCUCUUGCUUCCCUCACUUUUUCUCCUAUUACCAAUGGCAAGGACGAGAGAGGCAGAUCACGUCGACAUGCUCAGCAACAGGUCAGCAGUCCACCAAGAGAUAUUUCACCAAGCUCUCCAUCGCGCAAUAUGUCAUAUUCAACCAAGACUGAGAUUCAACGCAUGGUUAAAGCUGUCCUUGGCCCUCGUUAUCGUGGAGGUGAGAUAAACAAAGACCAGUACACCGACAUCAACCGAGAUGUAUCUCGCAUGCUCUAUGACAAGGUCGGCGAUGCUGAAGGUUUGGCCAACCAAGAUGGCCGCGAAAAAUGGCAGGAAGUUGCUUCGGCUGAAGUUGAACGAGCAGUGCAGACCAUUCGUUCACAGGAGCAGAACACAGAAACCUUUUCACAGGACGUUUAG